GCGACGGGAGGCGUUCCCGCGGUGCGCGCGCUCAUUGGUGCACGAGCCUGGGGUCCGAGGUUUGGCCGGUUCUCUUGACCCUGACGUCACAUCAGAGAGGAGAAGAACACCUGCUGCUCUUGUGUGGGACAUGGAGCCACUGAGUGUGGACGGUGCAGAAGCUGAUGGCUUCUUUGACAUUCUGGAGGAGAGGAGGCGGAGCAGUGACUUAAGCCAUGCCUUCCGGACCUUUAACCCUCAGCCAUACCGUGGGGCCACGCCCAUUUCAGCUGCCGCGCUCAACAGGAUGGUGCUUGAAUCACAACACCUGAGCUACGUCAUACAGGAGAUUAUGGUUGAAUGUGACGAACCGCGUGAGGCGCUUUUAGAGAAGGCGUCUGCGCUGCUGGACGAGAUGAGUCAAAACCUUCAGCUGGGAUUCAUUCGUCUGCUGGGCUUCGCAAUGAGCAAAGUUUUUAAGAGCGUCUUCAGCUCUAUACACGUCAAUGAGGAUGGACUCACACGGCUCCAGCAAGCCAUUCAGGAGUAUCCCGUCAUCCUGUUGCCCAAUCACAGGAGUUACAUGGACUUCAUGGUUCUGUCUUACAUCAUGUUCACAUAUGACCUCUCUAUCCCCGUCAUUGCAGCUGGAAUUCCUCUGAUGGGGAUGAAGCUGAUUGGUGAGAUUUUUCGGCGGUCAGGAGCGUUCUUUAUCCGCCGUGCCAUUGGCUCAGACAAGCUGUACUGGGUGGUGCUGUCUGAGUACGUCAGAACCAUUGUGCAGACAGGAUAUGCUCCAUUAGAGUUUUACGUUGAAGGAUUACGGAGCAGAACGCUGAAAUCUCUCACACCAAAACUAGGAAUGAUGCACAUGGUGUUGGAGCCCUUUUUUAAAGGGGAGGUGUUUGACAUCAGUCUGGUGCCAAUCAGCAUCAGUUAUGAGCGUGUGCUGGAAGAGUCGCUGCUCGCUCAUGAGCUGCUGGGAGUGCCUAAACCGAAAGAGACCACAGGGGCUUUGCUGAAGGCCAGGACUGUGCUGAAGGAGGAUUACGGCUGCAUGCAUGUGUACUUUGGCAACACUGUGUCAGUCAGAGACCUGGUGAAGGGAAAAAUAAACCACAGACAGUAUAAUCUGGUACCCAGAGACCUGCCUAUGAAGCCCAGUAAGGAGAUGCAGGAGUUUGUAUCUGGUCUCGCUCACAUGAUCAUCCGUCUGCAGGAGAGAAAUGUGGUACUGAGCGCCUGGAACCUGAUGGCUGUGGUUCUCCUUCAGAACCUCCAGGGAAUUGAUUUGGAUCUGCUGACCCAUAAAACCCUGUGGCUGAGGAGACUCACCCUGCGGUUUGGAGCUCAUCUCAGAUGGCCCAAGAAUGUUUCGGAUUCUGAGGUGAUGUCAUGGAGCCUGAGCCUGCAUCACUCAGUGGUGCGCUGUGAGAAGGGGCGUGUCUGUUUGGUGGAGGAGGAGGGGCCAGGGCCUGUCACUCAAGAGGAGGACGUGUUCAGACGUGCUGCUGCUGUGCUCAUGUGCGCCUCCUACAGGAAUCAAGCAGUACAUGUAUUCACAAGACCAGCUAUGGUGGCGGUCGCUAUGACAACAGCUGCAAGAAAUAGGACAGACAACGUCUUUCAUCAUUUUAAGUUCCUGCUGGAGCUCUUUUCCAAUGAGUUUGUUUUUACUCCUGGUCAAGCUGUUCAGGACUUUGAGGAGGGCUGUUCUUUGCUACAACAGUCUGGUGUAAUCGGCCGCUCUGAUGAAGAGAUCUAUGUGAGGGACAAUGGCCAGGAAACCAUCAUCUUCCUCAGAGCGAUUCUGCAGCCUUUCAUUGAGAGCUACCAGGUGGUGUUCAGGUACCUGUGUGAAGAGAGUUCGCAGACAUUCAUAGAGAAGAUGUUUUCAAACAGCAUCCGCGGUUUCAUCAUGAAGCUCUUUAUUUCAGGUGAAGUCGAGUCGCAUGAGUGUUUAUCGUCUGACCUCCAGAAGAACGUUCUCUCAGCUUUGCACAGGAUGGCUGCUGUGACCAAAACUAAAGUUGAAGACCAGAAUGAGUUUAGAGUGAAUAAAUCUGCAGUGAAGAGAAUAUGGGAUAUGCUGAGUGAUGGAUGCACCCCUCAGAUCAGUGUAGACGCCAGACUGUGAUGAGAAGAAUCAGACGACAGCAACUCUCAAUUCUUUUAUUGUAGAAUUGCUAAUAUGUGACCCUGGAGCACAAAACCAGUCUUAAGUCGCUGGGGUAUAUUUGUAGCAAUAGCCAAAAAUACAUUGCAUGGAUCAUAAUUAUUGAUUUUUCUUUUAUGCCAAAAAUCAUUAGGACAUUAAGUAAAGAUCAUGUUCCGUGAAGAUAUUUUGUACAUUUCCUACCGUAAAUAUAUCAAAACUUAAUUUUUGAUUAGUAAUAUGCAUUGCUAAGAACUUCAUUUGACAACUUUAAAGGUGAUUUUCUCAAUAUUUAGAUUUUUGUUGUAGCUCGGCCAAAUAUUGUCUGAUCCUAACAAACCAUACAUCAUUGGAAAGCUUAUUUAUUCAGCUUUCAGAAGAUGUAUAAAUCUCAAUUUCGGAAAAUUGACCUUUAUGACUGGUUUUGUGGUCCAGGGUCACAUAAGUACUGUAUGUGUUUUUAGUGUAAAACACAGAACAAACCUGCAGAAGUAGAACAUCGUUUAUUUUCAACUGUUAUUGCAGUAUAGAUGAUUUAAUUUUAUAGAUCUUGUAAAAAUCACACAGAUAAUAAUGGUAUUUAACAGCAAAAUGUACAUUUUAAGAUAUACUUAUCUUUAAGUAUUCUUUUAAAACACAUGUUUAACAUGCAAUUUAACUCAUUUUAAUUUUGGUAAACAAUUGCAUUAAAUAUAUUUUUGUAUGAUAGGCCUAUCAUUGUAAUAAAAUCUUGAUUACUGGU